UGCGGGGGGUGGUGGAAGGGGGGGCAAGUGAGCUACCAAGCGGGCUAGCAGGCGAAGUACAGAGAGCGAGCGGUGACAGUGGAGAAUGGAGAGGGCUCCGGAUUGUAGGGGAGUUUUGAUCGAAGAAAAGGCCGCUCUAAGUGAUUUCAACUCGCCGAAGUAUAUCUGCUGAAACUGGAAAAACUCAGGGGUGAAAAGGAAUGGCUGAUCCUCUGCGGAGGACAUUAUUAGCUAAACUUCGGGGGAAGAAAUCCAAGAAAGGGACGACAGCUGGUGGAUGCGGCGUUGCAGCUAAUGGGGGCAGAGAAGGUAAAGACAAAGUUUUGCAAAAGCAAGCCGAGCAAACGCAACAAGCAAUAAUUAUCGCUGAGUUAAACUUUGUGCCAGAUACAAUGAAGGGCAACGACAGUUGUUUUAUUAGGAGAUUUGAUAACGGAGAUAUUGGCUUUGUACACGAGAACACAGUUGUUGAGAAUACGUUUUCUCAGUGCGAGGCUUCCGUGCACAUAAACACUAGACGGUGGGACAUUCAGUGCAGUGAGGACUUGAGGCUUAGGGGUCGAGUUAAUGAGGAACUCUUGGGGGUCUCAGUUCAAAGAGAAACGCAGGAAAAAGGGAGCGACAGUGACGAGAUGAGCAGUUUUAAUACGCAAGAGCUCAAUUUCACAGGACAAGUGCGACCUGGGUCAUGUGGGAGAUCACAGGGGCAGAAAAAACACCCCGUCCCAAUUCCGCGACAGUAUUCUGGAGGAGAUUCGAUAGGAUUCGGGAUGUGUGAAAAUCAUGUUUUAAAGUGCAGAAUGGUCUGUACAGAUAUGGGGCCCCGUGAAUUCGCAGAUGGUCAGUAUCCAGUUUCAAAAAACAGUAGAACAAAUGUAGGCUGUAAAAAAGAUCUGAAGACACGUUGCGACGAAACUGAUUUCUGCUCCCAAUCCGAAGAUAAUCUACAAUUCAUGGAAACUUUGAGCGAUAUAAAAGACACGAGUGUGCAGACUGACCACAGCCAAGUAUUUGAAACAAAUGCUAUUAGGCCUACUAAUGGGACACAAUUGUAUCGGUUUGGUGCGCCUUAUGCAUGUCAUAAAACCAACGCUGAUAAUGUAGAGGAACAUAUUUUGAUAAGCAAUAUAGAAAGUUAUGGCAAUGCUUCGGGUCGUCAAAGUGAAGACAAAGUCGGUAAUUUACAAAGUCCAACAUUUUUCCCCACAGAGUUAGAAAUAUGUGACGCAAACGUGGCCCCUCGUUAUGUAGGUUUCAGAGAAGGAGCACAACGCCACAAUUCAUUAGAUAGCGAGGACGACGAUUACUACGAUAACGAAAUUCUUCCGUUUUAUGAAGCUAAUUGUCAAAACCUUGAUAUAAAUGUCGGGAAAGCAUCUGCUCAAGUCGAUACCGCAAAUUCGGAGGUUUCAGAUAGGCAAGACACUUUUAAAAGCGGUAUAAAUGAUACUGCCUUAGAGACGGACAGAUUGAGGACCCAGCUAAAAGAAGCGUAUUAUCUGCUAAUAAAUGCAAUGCAUGAUAUUAGUUUUGAUGGCCAGGUCAGUGUCAACGGAUUUGUCGACAAAGCGAGCACUUCCAGUCACUCACAGGACAGUGUCUGCUCGCAGUCCUCUGCCAAGGCCAUAGAUAGUGAUGCGUGGUCUUCUGGAGAAAACAGUUCCCAACAGGUGUCCGACAAUGAUGCGAUGCCGCAGAAUGUCAACAACAAUCGUGAACUAUGCGGCAAGAACUUUCUAAUUAGCAAGAGCUCUGAAAAUUUGUCGGGCACGAAAAUAAGGCCAACAUUACGACGUUCUGUUAGUGACGGUGCGAUUAAGUACCCAAAGGCGCAUCAUCCCGGCCCCAAAAUCCUUGGUUCGCGAAUUUGUUUUGUCGGCAAAAACGGCAAUGAAUUGAACAACCUAGCUGGAGCCUGCAGCCAAGAGAAACAGCUUGAGUACGAUGGCGUGAGCAGCGACGAUCUCCUUAACGACAAUGGAGAUGACGGGCUACUGAAUGAAAGCAGUGGCUCUGUCAAUAGUCUGACAGGUUCAUCCGAUAAUGCAGAAACUCAGGGCAACAAACAAGAUUUUUCUGGGGCUAGGGCGGUCUCAGCCAGGCCCCAUGGGGUGACGGUCAACAAGAUGCAGGAGUGGAUGCACAAAGGACGCAUGCUGUCCUCAGAAAUGAAGCAGCGCAUCACGGGGUCUUCGCUCCGUGCCCAUGGCCCGUCUAGUUUACGGUCUGGCCACGGGGUUUCAAACAGGACAAAAGCAGCGACCCAGAUGACCAGAGUUCAAGGAAGCAAAAGUGUGGCUCCCUGCCAGGGAGCUCAGCAGUCAGCCUUGAUUGAAAAUGUCCACAGCUCCAUCACAGCCACCAGGGAGCUGAGAGUCAGUGCAUUUAGUGAGACCCGGUCCCCCCUCAACACCAUCACCGUCUCCAAGAAGCGCAACUGGCUUCAGCAGAGCACUGGGAAGGAUGGCCUGCCUACCACAGGAGCAGUGGAGGACCACGGUCAGGCAGCCGGUUCUCCUGGACCCCCCUCCGCGGGCCGCAGGCCGGCGCCCCCCGUAGCCCCGGUGGGUCACUGCAAGCCCCUGCGUCUGCACCUCUCUCACGUCGCCGCGACCCACGCCAGGACCGGCGCCCAGCCCAGGGCCGUGGACCCGGCCGAGGAGAACGACGCCGACGACGAAGGGGAGAUCUGGUACAACCCCAUCCCCGAGGACGAGGAGCCCGAGCUGGGCCCCCACGGCGGCGCGGCGCGUCUGCAGGUCCCCCCGGCGCCAGAGCGCGCGCCCCCCCAGAGGAGGAGCAGCGGCAGGGACUCUGAACGGGCUCGCGGGGUGUCUCCCACUGGUCUGGAGGGUGCGGGGGAAUGUCAAGGCAGCUCAGGCAACGAGGCAAGUCACGCAAAUACCACACAUUCCACGGAGCCCGCACAGCUGCACAGGCAGAUGUUCGCGUGCAAGCCUGCAGACGAAAACUCGGCACCCAAGGCCACGGCUUCAGAUAGCACUGAACUGUCAAACCCUGGCUUCUCACCUCCUUCCAGCCCCAACCCCCUAAAAAAGGGAAGCGCCAUCAACUGGUCCUUUCCAGACAAAAUCAAGUCUCCCCGCACUGUGAGGAAACUAUCUAUGAAGAUGAAGAAACUUCCGGAACUCAGCAGAAAGCUGAGCGUGAAAGGGACCCCCAGCAUUAGCCUGCCGGAGCCACGACCCUCUUCCCCAAAAAGUCACGGCGGGGUGGAGCCUGGUCCUGGCCCUGGCCCCGCCCGCCUGUCCCCCGGGGUCGGCCAGACGGCGGCCAGCAGAAACGUCAUCUCCCGCUACCACCUGGACAGCAGCGUGUCCACGCAGCACAGCUACAGCAAGAAGAGCAGCAGCGGGGGCUCCAAGUCCGCCAGUAAAGGGGGCUACCUCAGCGACGGCGACUCGCCCGAGCUGGUGGCCAAGUCCGGGAAGCACGGCUCCGAGGGCAAGGCAGGGAAGAGUAAGGAGCCCCCGGCCAACUGCAGCCCCAAGCUGCACGGCACCGAGCUGGACAUCGACGCCUUCCGCCACUACAGCUUCACGGAGCAGCCGAAGUGCGCGCAGUACAUCUCGGGCCUGAUGAGCCUGCACUUCUACGGGGCGGAGGACCUGAAGCCCCCCCGGAUGGACUCCCGCGACGUCUACUGCGCCAUUCAGGUGGACUCUGUCAACAAGGCCCGCACGGCCCUGCUCACCUGCAGGACCACCUUCCUGGACAUGGACCACACCUUCAACAUCGAGCUGGAGAACGCCCAGCACCUGAAGCUGGUGGUGUUCAGCUGGGAGCCCACGCCGCGCAAGAACCGCGUGUGCUGCCACGGAACGGUGGUGCUGCCCACCCUCUUCAGGGUCACCAAGACCCACCAGCUGGCCGUCAAGCUGGAGCCCCGGGGCAUGAUCUACGUGAAGCUCAACCUGAUGGACCAGUGGCAGAACUCGCUGGACGGGCCCGACGUGGAGCGCGACCCCCUGGUGUUCGGGGUGGAGGCCUGGAGGGUGGUGGAGCGGGAGUGCGCCGGGCUGAUGGUGCCCCUGCUCAUCGAGAGGUGCAUCACGGAGAUCGAGAAGCGGGGCUGCCAGGUGGUGGGGCUGUACCGUCUCUGUGGUUCAGCUGCAGUGAAGAAGGAGCUGAGGGAGGCCUUUGAGAGGGACAGUCGCGACGUGGAUCUGUCUGAGAACCAGUAUCCCGAUAUCAACGUCAUCACAGGUGUUUUGAAGGACUACCUGCGGGAGCUGCCGUCGCCCCUGAUAACCAAGCAGCUGUACGAGGCCGUUCUGGACUCCAUGGCCAAGAGGCCCCUGCGCAUCGGACCCAAGGGCUGCGAGAACGACCCCGCCGACUCCGAGCACACCGUCGGCCUCCUCGAGAUCCUCCCGGAGGUGGAGAAGGUAACCCUGCGGAAGCUGCUGGACCACCUGAAGCUGGUUGCCUCCCACCACGAGGUGAACAAGAUGACGUGCCAAAACCUGGCCGUCUGCUUCGGCCCGGUCCUGCUGAGCCAGCGCCAGGAGGCCUCCUGCCACAGCAACCGGGUCUUCAUCGACUCGGAGGAGCUGGCCAGUGCCCUGCACUUCAAGAAGCACAUCGAGGUGCUGCACUAUCUCCUGCAGCUCUGGCCAGUGGUGGACCCCCACGGCAAGACCUCUGCCCCGGUGAGGGAGGCGCCGGCAGAGACGCCGGCCGCCCCGCAGUACCUGCGCCGGAGGAGGGAGCGCCCCCAGGUCCUCAACCUGAGCGAGGCGGAGAUGGCCGGGGUGCUGCGCCCCAAACCGGGCCGCCUCGACAGCCCCAGCAACCGCUACGCCGGGGACUGGAGCUGCUGCGGGGACGGCUACUUCCAGCCCCCGACGGAGAGCGCCGGCAAAGAGGCGGACUACGACGACGUGCCGUUGGAGGACGCGGAGAGCGCCGAGGAGGGGCCGGAGAAAGGGGGGGAGCAGGAACCUCCGGUCACGGAGGAGAACGAUGGAUCGGGGGAGGUUGAGAAAGAGGAGGCGGAGGAUACCGGACAGCCCGAGGAGUCCGCCGGUGACAUUUUGUCGAGCCAGGAGCACCUAGCCAAAGAGCACACCUACCAGGCCUACAUGAAAAUCCAGGAGAUCAGCCCGGUUCUGAGCAACAGAGUCAACCUCAAGGAUCUGCAGGAGAGCAUCGACACUUUGAUUGGCAACUUGGAGAGGGAGUUGAAUAAGAACAAGUUCAACGUGGGCUAUUGACUUCAAAGUAAAGAGUGGUGUGGCUCAGGCCUGGUGAGCCACUUUGCUGCCGGGUACCUUUCUCAGAGCCUGUGAUAUUGCACCUCUCUCGCUUUCUCUCGCCAAUCUCUUGUGGGCUUUCUUACCUGCCAUAGGCAUUCCUACAGUGUUGCUCGGUAGCUAUUUUAGACUGUUGUUUGUUUGUUUUUUUCUUCUUAUUAGAAGAAUCCAUUGACCCUAAGGGGUGUAAAAGGUGCCUUAAUUGUGUAAAGGUGGUACUUGUGGCAGUGGAGAGUUCUUGAGGUACAUUAUGUAAACCGAUGCACUUACAAAGCUCGGGGAGCUUGUUCGAGUAGACGUAGGCUAUGGGCUGGGCUGUGGUGGACACCAGUGGCUGCUGAACUCUCCUCCAGGAUUCCCCGAAAUGCUGCUGGGACUGCUGAGGUGAUUCUUAUGCAGCAGGAGCCUGGGGUUGACCUGUGACCCUUAUCAGUGUAAUCAUUUGUCAAAUCAAACAAACUGUACAGUUAUGAAUAGCUAUGAGAUACGAUAAAUGUUCGCCGGGUGCUAAAACACAUGCUUCUUCUGAGGCAUGAAUGGUACGUGUUGUAUCACCAUUGAAAGAAAGGUUUCUCUGUCAAUGUAUACAUGUAUAAAGAUGAUAAUUUUCUAUUUUUCUAGCCCCUUAUAUACAUUUUUUUUGAUACAGUGCAGAUUCAAGCAGUUAAGAUGCUUAAGAGUGACAAAUUGUCAGAAAGACCCAAUUGCUUGGGAACUAGCCAUUCACAUUUUAUUGGAGCAGUCACUGUGGUGAUGACUUCAUAUGCUAUGACAGAGACUUUUUUACUUAAUAAUUUAACUCUUCAGUUAUCCAGGGAUCCAGAAUUAUCAGUAUUUAAUACAAGGAAAAAAUAUAUACACACAUAUAAUGUUUUGCAGUAUAUUUUUGACAGCUUAUUUUUUCAUUUAUUCCUAUUUAAAUUACCUUGUAGUAUUGUUGAUCUAUAGUUAUUUCAUAUAAUGGAUUGCUCAAGCUAUCUGUACACAUUUUUCAUGAAUGUGUUGUGCUUUUAAAUAAUUUGUGGGACUAAUGAAAUUAUCGUAGCUGUAAAAUAUAAAUAUAUAUAAAAAAUAUAUGCAUAUUCUCAGAAAGGUUUGUUUUUUUUGUUCUAUCUGUACAUAUUUGGUAUGUUUUUAUUUAGUCACUGUUAGUAUGAACUUUGUUUGUGAUUGUUGGUUUAAAUUUACUGAACGUUACAUGGUCAAAAGCUUUACAGUCAAAACAAGCUCAUUUUAUCCCUCACUGUCCAGGGUGUUUAUAGUUGUAUAUAGAUAUCAUUUUGUUGUUCCUUUUAUUUUUCCUUUGGCAGCUGCUCACACACAUUAUUCAACUGUAAAUUUUAAAUGUAAAAAAAUAAAUUAUGUUUGUCUCAGAAACAUUUUUGAUUGAGCAGUGUAUGACUGUGUUAUGUCAGGAUGUUUUAAAAGUAUUGUGAGCAUACUCUAGGUACUGCCACACAUUACUGCAAGUGAAGUGGGAUCUAUGCCAUUGGAGCAAAUUUCUCUUUUCCUCGUCAGUGAUGUUUAGUGCUGUGCAAUUGUACAAUGUGAGCUGGCUCUGCUGUUCUUGUAUAAAUGCAUUCCUCAUAGCUCAUUAUAAGAACAGCUAUAUAAAUAUAUGUUAUCAUUUUUUUUUUUUUUUUUGGAAAGAGAAACCUAAUGUGAUGAAAGUAUCACAGAACCUUAAGAUAUUACUUUGUACUGACUGGGAAAAAAAAUAAAUGUAUUGUCAUAUUAAAGUAUAUAUUUCACAUGUU